AUGGACACUCUGCUAAUAAGAUUUCACCGCCAGUACAUGCAACAGAUUUCGAACUUGACAUAUCCGCCGUCGAAGCUGCUGCUAGAGGCUGACAUACAACAUCAGCUAUACAAGCACUUCUUUGAUGGCCCUCUAAAAGGCCCACCUGCAUAUCAGCGAAAAGUCCUCAAACAAAUCAUUUCGCUCAUUGAGCGCGCCAUUCUCGACCCCGAAGAAGAUGCCGUCUCCGACCAACUAAUGGAGCAUAUGGGCUACUUAUCUAGCCUUCCGCAAGGCGACCCAUCAGACCAAGCAUAUCAAACUCAAAUCAUCACCUAUACACUUCCAGAACCACUUGAUGCAUCUCCACCACCUCCUCGCAUCCUCAUCGAGGAAGCACCAAAUCUCCUUGCGGCAGGCUCAAAUGUCGGAUUUAGAACGUGGGAGGCCAGCUUACAUCUCGCGCAGUACCUUCACUCGAACCCGGACCUGGUGCAUGGCAAGAAGAUCAUCGAGCUUGGCGCUGGGACGGGCUUGGUGAGCAUCAUCUGUGCUGGACCGUUGCGUGCAGACUUCGUGCUAGGAACGGACGGUCUGCCUCAUGUAGUCGAGAGCCUGGAGAAGAAUACCUAUCGCAACCGGCAUCUGCUAGUGAAUGCUAAUAGUGAGCGUUCCAAUCUUGUGUCCAAAGUCCUUGACUGGGGCGACGUCGACGACCUCGAAGACAACCUGGCGACCGAUGAUGGACUUCCGGACUACAACCUGAUCCUAGGAGCGGACAUAACAUAUAGUCCUGACGUGGUCCCUGUGCUCGCUCAAUUACUCAAGAUUUUGAUUUUCGAUAUGUUCGCCGACACAGGGCUGGAGGCUUUGAUCUCGGCAACUGUAAGGAACGGAAGGACAUUGAGCAUUUUUCGAAAAGCGUGCGAAGAGCGAGGCUUAUCAAUUGAGAAUGUAGAUUUGCGCUGCUCGAGUGUGAUGGAGCAGAAAGGCUUCUUCCACGAGCAAGCGUUUCCUAUUGUGUUGAUGCGAAUUCGAAGACUUUGA